AUGAUACAAGCGUUUUAAAUUUCAAAUUUUAAUUGUUAAUAAAUAAUAAACAUUGUAUAAUUUUUAUAAGCACUUCAGCAGUACUGCUUAUUUUUGUUCAAAAAGGAUGAAUACUAAUUUUAAAUUGAAACUAACUGCUUUAGGACAUCCUAACCCAGAAACAUUUAAUUGCGAAGAUGAAAAGGAAUAUAGAAGUGUAGUUUUAUGGUUGGAAGAUCAAAAGAUUAGACAUUAUAAGAUUGAGGAAAGAGAAGGACUAAGGAAUAUUGAUAGUGAAAACUGGAAAGAAGCUUAUGAUAAUUACCAAAACGAUCUAGUAAGUCCUGUGGUGGAUGGCACUUUAAAUGAACAAUUAAAUUGGCUUCUUUCAUAUGCCGUUAGAUUGGAAUUUGCUGAUAAUGUUAGUAAAUACAAGGAUGUAAAAGUAGAACAACCAAAACAAGCUGCUCCAAAUGUUGUAUCUUCCAACCCUUUGGAUAACUUAAACUUUGACAGUCCUGCUUUCAAAGCUGGUGUUGAUAGAGUCUGUACUCUUGUUGGAGUGGGACCUCACCCAGAUUCUAAAUUCCGCUUGGCAGCUGUAGCCAAGAUUCUUAAAAACUCACCACAUCCUGAACCUCAAAAAUCUGACCACAUAGUAAUUAAUCAACCUAUUGAUGUUCUUAAUCUUUUGUUUAUUCAAGAUUUAAGAGAGUUACAGACAAAAAUUAAUGAAGCAUUAGUUGCAGUUCAAACAAUUACUGCAGAUCCUCGUACUGAUACAAAAUUAGGCAAAGUUGGAAGAUAGGUUCACCAUGGACAAAAAAGUUGCAUCUCUUCUUACAUGUAUUCAUAACAGAAAUUAAUUUAUAUGUAAAAUACUAAUAAGUUUAAAUAAUA